AUGGACCCGCGGCGUGUGAAUGAGGGUAUCCGAAGCGAGCACUACGAGCUGCCCCGAAGAGAGGAUAUUGAGGCAGAGCUGGCCGGAGCCAGGUACCGGUUCCUGAGGCUUCCAUUUGGGCUGAGUUCAGCGCCGGAGGUUUUUCAGAAAGCCAUGAGUGAUGCCCUGGACAACCUCUCAGGGGUGCGAGUCUACAUAGAUGACAUCUUGGUAUGGGGAGCAACCAGGGAGGAGCACGACGCCCGACUGAAGGCGGCGCUCAGAGCAAUUGAGACUGCAGGCUUUACCCUUAACCCGGAGAAGUGUGUAGUGGCCGCUGACAAGAUCAAGUUCCUAGGUGAUGUCCUCUCUAAAGAAGGAAUACGGCCCGAUCCGGAUCUGGUGCGAUGCGUAGCCAGCAUGCCCUCACCCACGUGCAAACAGGAGGUGCAAAGACUCCUAGGCGCAGUCAACUAUUUCGGAAAGUUUUUGCCUUGUCUGUCUGAAAAAACACACAUGCUACGCUCCCUCGUGAGGAAGGACAGUGAAUUCGAGUGGACAGAUGCGCAUGACAAGGAAUGGAAAAACUUGUGCGGCAUGCUAUCCUCUGCCCCCUUGUUGGCCAUUUUCGACACUCAGAGGCCCACUAAAGUGUCAACCGAUGCGUCCAACUUUGCCUUGGGUGCUGCUCUCCUCCAGCUACAUGAGGGGGGUUGGAGACCGGUGGCGUAUGCCUCGCGUGUUUUAACGCAAGCGGAAACCAAGUAUUCUCAAAUUGAGAAGGAGGCACUGGGAAUAACAUUCGGCUGCGAGCGCUUCAGAGAAUUCAUCGUGGGGUCUCAUGUCACCAUAGAAACAGACCAUCAGCCCCUUCUAGCUAUUGCGAAAAUGGGACUGAAUGAAAUGCCCCCUCGUGUUCAGCGUUUUUUCUUGCGUCUGAUGCAGUUCGACUUCACCCUGCAGUUCGUGCCUGGAAAGCAGCUCCUACUGGCGGAUGCGCUGUCGCGUCUGCGGAUCCCACCAGAUUCAACUCGGGCAGAGGAAUACGAAGAUGUAGCCAUACAUGCUGUGAACGUACUUUCAACCCUCGUCAGUGACGCCAUGGUAAAGAGGCUGCAGGCAGCGACGGCUGAAGAUGAAGACCUCAGGCGAGUGAUGACCGCUCUCGAGAAUCAUGAGGCCAUUCAGGGGCAGUUAUCGCCGGUGGCAGCAGAGUUGUCGGUUGUGAAUGGUAUCCUUAUGAGAGGCGCUAAAGUAAUAAUACCUAAGAAGCUACGGAAAGAAAUGCUGGACCGCGUGCACGAGGGGCACCUCGGGGUGAACAAGGCAAAGGCGAGAGCUAGAUCCCUAAUGUAUUGGCCGGCUAUGCAAAAGGACAUUGAGGAAAAAACGUCAAAAUGUGAGACCUGCUGUCGCUACGCGUAUCGGCAGCCAUCAGAGCCAGUGCUAAUGAAGCCUGUCCCUUUGUUGCCGUGGUCAAGAAUAGGGUUGGACCUGUGUGAGUAUGCGGGAGUGCACUACUUAGUGGGCUAUGACGCUCACUCAAACUACCCAGAAGUAGAACAGCUGACUCAAACAACGAGCCACCAAGUCAUCCAGAAACUGGAAAUGUGGUUUGCCAGGCAUGGGAUACCUUUAGAAGUGUGCACGGAUGGGGGACCGCAGUUCUCCUCGAGGGAGUUCCUAGAGUUCGCCAAGCUAUGCGACUUUCGACACGUGGUUUCGAGUCCAAGGUUUCCAAGGGCAAAUGGGCUAGCCGAGAAAGGAGUGCAAGUGUUCAAAAGACUCCUGAAGAAAACAAAACAUGCUAAUGAGCCUCUGUGGCUUGGACUUCUAAACUACAGGUCAUCGCCACUAGAGGAUGGAAGGAGCCCUGCGCAGCUGCUGAUGGGAAGACAACUUCGAGGCCGUCUUCCAGACUUCUCCACCCCUCAGGCAACCGAGGUGAAGAAGCAGACACAAAGGCACCGGCCAAGGCCGGAACUACCGCCACUCAGGACAGGAGACACGGCCCGCCUUUUAGAAGAUCAGGGUUGGACUAGCAGAGCCAAAGUAACGCGGCAGGUCACACCACGAUCAUAUUUGAUGGAAACCGAAGACGGGAGCCUACUGCGUCGAAAUCGGCAGCACAUCCUGCGGACGGCAGAGCCGUUCCACUCGCCUAGUGACACAGCGGGCAGCCCCCACCAUCCUCAGAAAGCUAAUGGCAGCGGCCAAGAAACAAGCCCUGCAGGCACCCCAGAACGUCCACCAGCCUCUGGCCUGCACGACGCAGCAACUCCCAUGCGCCGCCCUGUGCGGGCAAGGAACCCGCGAGUGCGUCUAACUUACGAUGAGAACCUGGACCCUCACGUGGGAGUGAGGGAGGUGUAA